AUGGUGGUAUCCAUCCUUGUGGAGGAUCCAUCCCUGUAUACGAUCGGAGUGAAGUGUCAGUUUGGAGAUAAAUUGACGGAACAAUUUCCAAAAGUGCUGGAAAAGAUGCAAUGUAAUUUGGAGGAAGUAAAACGUUUUUAUAAAGCAAUUAAAUUAUAUGCCAACCUGACGAAGGAUUUGUCCAGAAUUAAAUAUUUUGCAACAGAAGCUUUCCAACCAGAGCAAAUUGAUGUCGCCCACAAGAUGGCAAUAAGCAUGGAGCAUUGCUCUCAAUAUUCAAAGCUAAAUAAUGAAUUAGAAGCCAUCUGUUUGCAAAUUAAAAAUUUGAAAAGAGAAAUUGAGUCCAUGCUCUCGCAGUCACAAUCGGACUUCAAGCAACUGAAUGCCAUGUUCGAAUCUUCAAAAAGGGAUGUAUCAAAAGCUCAAAAAAAGGAAGCAGACAUAUUGAACAAAAUUGCACAUAUAACCACCAACGUGACAUCAGAAGAUGAAAUCAAAUCGCAAACAGACAAGCUCCAAAAGGAUUACCAAGCAAAAAAAUUAGAGCGGGAACAAUGCGAAAAUGAGUUGGAAAGCACAAAAACAAAGUAUAAUGCAAGGAUUUAUAACCGAUUAUAUCAAAUAGAAACACUAGAAAAAAAAAGAUUUGAUGUUAUGAAGACUCUUGCUCAAGAAUAUCUAGCUUGCCUAACUAAAAUGAACGAGAUGGAGGAAAAGAGUUGUACAAAUGCUGAAUCUAUCCUUUUAAAACUCAACGAAGAACAAGAAAUACUAACAUUUAUAAAAGAGUGCGACGCCAUUUCACCAAACUCGUUACCCCCAGGUGAUAGAACCAUGAAUAUCUCUCUAAGGCAACUAGAAGUGAAAAAUGAGGCACCUGAAUUUGAAACAUGGUUGCAGACCAUCAGUCCCUACGUACGAUCUAUUAUCAGUGAACAUACCCUUUUUGUUGAUGCAGAUUUUCCAGCAAACAACUCAUCCAUAGGAAAUCAAACCACCUCAAACAAUGUAAACUGGAAACGAGCUCCUGAAAUUUUUGGAACAACGUUCGAAAUCAUUAAGGGAGGAAAAGUUCAUCAGAGUCAUGUUUGCCCCAAAUAUUCUGGUGAUAAUUGGUUCAUCACUUGUAUUUUUAGCGUCGCAAAAGCGCCAAGUUUAAUCACUCGCUUGUUUUCCACACUAGAAGUGAACACUUCUGGUGUCUAUGAGCUUAAUUUAUGUGUUGGUGGUGAGUUUGUGAAGGUUGUUGUGGACGAUUACUUCCCAGUUGUGUCCCAAAGCGAUCUAACUCCACUGUACUCAUGUAGCAAAGAAAAUGGUAUUAUUGUUCCAGAAUUAUGGGUGAUGCUUCUCGAGAAAGCAUUCGCAAAAUUAUCAGGAUAUUAUAACAAGAUUGAUAGCAACUAUUUGCAUUUAGGUUUGGAAGUUUUAACAGGAAUGCCCCAAAUCAACAUUGUUUUCUCAGAGAAUGUGAUCAAGAAUGCAUCAUUUCAGGAUAGUAGCUGGAAUACUAUUUGCAAUGCAUCGAAAAAAGGCUGUAUUAUUUGCUGCCACUCUCGUUUUGAAUGUAGUGGCGUUUUACAUGGAUCCACAUCCUACACGCUUGUGAAUUGUCGUGAGAAAGCUGGCAACACACGAUGGGUAAAACUUACAAACCCAUUAUGUGAAAUUAAGCAAAUUCCCAUCGAGUUAGAUUUCCAAGUUUUUUUGGAACAGUUUGCACAUGUAAAUAUUUGCAAAUAUGACCCUAAACUUUCACGAAAAAGCAUCAACAUAACUACCCAAAUGCUUAGCCUUAAUGAUGAAGUUCUUUACCCUGUCAUUGAAUUGAAUGUUUCGAGCAGUGAUCAGGAAGAGUUUUGUUUUGGAGUUCACCAAAUGCAUCCAGUUUUCAAAAAUGCAUGUGCGAUUCCUUCUGUGCUAGGUUUCAUAGUUAUUGAUGUGUCAAAAUCAAAGGAAAUUGUCACAUUCAUAACAGCGAAUGUGGAACGAGAAUUCGCUCCAUCCAAACAACUUAAAGCUGGUCAGUACGAUAUUGUUCCUUUGCUAUUCCAAAAGAAUGGAGACGUUCAAAACAUCGUCAUGUCUUGCCAUCACUCUGGAGAAAUGAACUGGAAGCUAGUUCCAAAAUCAAAUGUUGCCAUUGGAAGUCAGGUGUUUCGGCUUGGUCAGCUCAAAAAACUCGUGUUCUAA